GCCUGCCACUCGCUCGAAGUUCUCUAUCGACUGCUUCCGCCUUCCGAAAAGAGACCGCAAGUCAGUCCAUCUCAAUAAUUACAUUGCUUCUAUUUUGCACAGAAUACCACGAACUCUUCUACUCUUAUUCAAGUUGCCAUUUGCAUGUCUAGCUGGUCAAAGUGAGCUAUACACUUGCCACCGCCACGACCAGAAUUAGACAGGGUAUUGGAAGGCUAUCGUGGAUGAGUGCCACAGCGUAACCAGGGUGGCUCCAACGCCAUAAGCGGCCAAUCUCCAACGUCACCAGGCAAAUUGCACUCUGCUGCCAUCUUCCCUUCCGAAUUAUUUCUGGGCCAAAAUUCGUUAUCCAGCCUGAAUUGUUCUGCGCGACUUUCAGAAAGAAACUUGCGCCCCAAAGAAUUCAUCGAUUGCUACUCUCCCCGAAUUCCUUCUCGACACCACACCACCCGCGCUUCUUCUCUAGUCCGCCCAGGUUGCCUAACAUUCUAUCAUCAUGUCGUACGGGCAGUAUAACAACAACCCUUACGCCCAGGCGCCCGCUGCCGAGGGCGGCUACGGAUACGAUCAGGGUCAACAACAUGGCGGAAACAACCAGUACGAGAUGCAAUCCUACGGCCAACAGCAGCAAUCAGGCGGCCCGGCCACCAUCAGCCAGCAAGACUAUCUCAGCCGCGUCCAGUACCUCCGAAACGAAAUCCGUUCCCUGACGUCCGACAUUGAACAUAUCGCUCAGCUACAUCAACGCGCUCUGGCGUCUACCGACGUCUCUUCGAAUCAACAGCUCAAUCAGGCCGUCUCGCAAACCCAAGUCCGUAAUACCGCCAUCACCAACGAAAUCAAGUUCCUUGAGCGCGAUGCCGCCCGUACCACCGACUCCUCCCGUGCCUCCAAGCAGGCCCAACUCAAUUCGGUCAGGAAGACAUUCCAAGACGAGCUGCAGAAGUACAUGCAGAUGGAGAGCGACUACCAGCGUCGCUACAAGGAUCAAAUCGCCCGCCAAUAUCGCAUUGUCAACCCGGACGCCUCCGAACAAGAGGUUCAACAAGCCACCGAGGCUGACUGGGGUAAUGAAGGUGUUUUCCAAACAGCGCUCAAGUCCAACCACCUAGGACAAGCCAACUCCGUCCUCGGCAACGUCCGGGCCCGCCACAGCGAGCUGAAACGCAUCGAGCAGACACUCGCCGAGGUGGCCCAGCUGUUCCAGGAGAUGGCAGUCCUCGUCGAGCAGCAGGAACCCGUCGUGGACGCCGCCGAGCAGAACGCCCAGUCCACCGUCGAGAACCUCCAGAAGGGCAACGAACAGGUCGAGGUUGCCAACAAGCACGCCCGCAAUCGCCGUAAGCUCAAGUGGUGGUGCCUCUUGGUCGUCGUCCUUAUCCUCCUCGCCAUCGGCCUCGGUGUCGGUCUCGGCAUUCACUUCGCCAAUAACGCGACCAACUAGAAAUCCGAUUCUGGGUCAUGUGAAAAGAAGAGAGUUUUACGCUGGACAAAAUGGGGAGGUACAUACGGUCGGUCAAGUGAUUGCCACUUGGACUUUUUGUUGUGGCAUUAGCCACUGGAACUUCUUGGGAACGGCGACAUCAUUCCUCCAUCGACAUCCAUCUGUCAUGGGUGAUUUGGAUUAGCUCAUGACAAUUUUGUGAUUGUUGUCCGAGGAAUAGCGAGUCACUGCACAUCAGAUGGGUUCCGGGAGUUUCUUAUUCUUAUUCUUUUCUUUUCUUUCUACUUUGCUUUGUUUUGCCUUAUGUCAUGUACUUUUCUUUUGCGACGCUGUUGCCGGUCCGCUGCGGUUCAUCGUCGCGUUCUGGAUGACUGGGAGUACCUAGAAACCACCUUGUACGUACCUAAUUCGAACGACCUAUUCACGACGAUUAAACUUGGCCCCUACCUUACCUUAGGCAGAAGCUCCU